GUACAUAGGCAAGAGUGGCUUAGUGACCAUUGAACAUCACGCAGAGUGGUCCAAAAUGAGAGCUCUCAUGAAUCCUGCAUUCCAGAGAGUGGCUCUCAUGAGUUUGAUAGACCAGUUCAAUCUUGCAGCAGAUUCACUCAUGGAAAAGUUAUCAGAGCUGGCUGAUGGGAAAACUAUGGUUGAUAUGAAUGACAUGUUUUGUAGGUUGACCCUUGAUGUGAUUGGAAAGGUUGCCUUUGACACGGAGAUAGAGUCUGUCCACAAUGACACUGUUCCUUUCCCCAAAGCAGUGAAAACAGUUCUGGAGGGCAUUGAGAAGAUGUUUACCGGUAUGAUGGAAGAGUACAAUAUAUUUCACUACUCCUACCAUCAAGAAGUUAGACAAGCAGUGAGACUUUUGCGAGAAGAAGGUAGAAAAUUCAUCGAGAAACGGAAGAUGGCCAUGUCUAAAGGAGAGCAUUCCCCAAAUGAUAUCCUCUCCUACAUUAUCAAAGCUUCUGAGUUAGAUCCUGAUCUUGAUAUAGAAGAUAUGUUGGACUUGGUAAUGGUGUUUUUCUUAGCAGGUCAUGAAACAACUGGAAAUACUCUGAGUUUUGCUCUUAGGGUCAUUGCAGAUCAUCCUGAUGUUAUGCAGAGGUGAGAGUUGGCUGAUGUAUUAUGUAGAUAUGGCAACAUAAUCCUCCUAUAGACAGCCUGAAAAGUAAAGACCACUUAAAUGCUCAGGGAGUUUGUGUUACGCCCACAUGAAUUUAGUAUUUGAAUGAGUAGUUUAUAAUUUGCAUUGUCCUAUAAUGAUAUUACCUUACAUGAAGAAAUUUUCAAAUAUUUGCGCAUUACUCUGGUUAUAUGUAUUAGUACUUGUGUCAGUAGAAUGUAGAUUCAAGGAAUCAGCAGAAAGUGAACAUUUUUCUGAGUGGAUAAAACUUUUUGAAUAUGUACAAAGAUCAA